CCGCUGAUUGGCUAAGAGCAGUUCUUUAGCUUUACGCAAUGAUCCCUGGCCGCUGAUUGGCUUAGAGCAGUUCUCCAUCUUGACUCUCAGCUGAUUGUUGUUUUGAAGCACAAUGCUGCGUAUAGGAGCAUCACGCCUGCUCCAGCAUGGGGGCAGGCAUGCUGCUGUGGUCAGUGCAGCACGUACCCAGUCGUCAGCACCGGACAAAAUAGAGGUUUUCAUUGAUGACAUGCCUGUUAUGGUGCCACCAGGAACCACUGUGUUGCAGGCUGCUGCACAAGCUGGGGUGGAAAUCCCAAGAUUCUGUUACCAUGAGAGACUGUCUGUGGCCGGCAACUGUCGCAUGUGUCUCGUUGAGGUGGAGAAGUCUGUCAAGCCUGUAGCAGCUUGUGCCAUGCCAGUGAUGAAGGGCUGGCGCAUCAAGACCGACAGCGAGAUGACACGCAAGGCUCGCGAGGGUGUCAUGGAGUUCUUGCUUAUCAACCAUCCACUAGACUGCCCCAUCUGUGAUCAGGGAGGAGAGUGUGACUUGCAGGAUCAGUCGAUGGCCUUUGGUUCUGAUCGGUCUCGCUUUUUGGAGAACAAGCGUGCUGUUGAGGACAAGAACAUUGGUCCCCUUGUUAAGACAAUCAUGACGAGGUGUAUCCAUUGUACACGAUGUGUUCGCUUUGCAACAGAGAUUGCCGGCGUGGAAGACCUCGGUACGACCGGACGAGGGACUAAUAUGGAGAUUGGGACUUACGUGGAGAAAAUGCUGUUGUCCGAGUUGUCCGGCAAUGUGAUCGACCUCUGCCCUGUUGGAGCUCUCACCUCCAAGCCCUAUGCAUUUACUGCGCGUCCCUGGGAAAUUCGCCGCACUGACUCGGUGGACGUGAUGGAUGCUGUUGGCUCUAACAUUGUUGUCAACCAUCGCACAGGAGAAGUACUAAGAAUCUUGCCCCAAGUGAAUGAGGACAUCAAUGAGGAAUGGCUGUCUGACAAGUCCCGCUUUGCCUAUGAUGGUUUGAAGCGGCAGCGCCUUGUGUAUCCCAUGGUGAAGGACUCUGACGGUGAGCUGCGUCCCUGUGAAUGGGAGGACGCCCUUAUUGUGGCGGCCAAGGCACUGAAAGCAGCAGAUGGUUCUGUUGCUGCUAUUGCUGGAGGCCUGGCUGAUGCUGAAGCUCUCGUUGCACUGAAAGACUUAGUCAAUGGUCUUGGUGGUGAGUCUACCUGCACUGAGGAGGUCUUCCCGGACGCUGGGACUGGCACCGACCUCCGCUCCUCAUAUUUACUAAAUACGAAAAUUGUCGGCGUCGAGGAAGCCGACAUGAUCGUUUUUGUCGGCGCUAACCCCCGAUUCGAAGCUCCGCUGUUCAACACCAGAGUUCGUAAGGCGUGGACGUAUAACGAACUUCAUGCCGCCAUGAUUGGACCAGACGUGAAUUUGACGUAUGAUUGUGAGCACUUAGGAGACGACGCUUCCAUUAUUGGGAAACUGUUAGACGGCUCGCACCCAUUCUCACAGCGCCUCACUGCUGCCAAGCGGCCAAUGAUCGUAGUUGGAACUUCCCUUCUGGCUCGCCCGGAUGGUGAUGUUCUAUAUGCUCAGCUUCUGCAACUGUCGCAAAAAUUGCGCAGUAGUUGUGAAGGUGGAUCAGAGUGGCGAGUGUUUAACAUUCUUCAUCGAGUAGCCUCACAAGUGGCUGCCCUCGACCUUGGCUACACUCCGGGCGUGGCUGACAUACGCAACAAUCCUCCCAAGGUGCUGUACCUCAUGGGUGCCGACGAAGGAGCUAUUACUCGUGAAGACCUUCCCAAAGAUACACUUGUUAUCUAUCAGGGACACCAUGGAGACCAGGGAGCAGAGAUGGCAGAUGUGGUCCUCCCCGGUGCUGCCUACACCGAGAAGACUGCUACUUACGUCAACAUGGAGGGACGAGCCCAGCAGACACAGGCUGCCCUGGUCCCCCCGGGCAUGGCUCGUGAAGACUGGAAGAUCAUCCGGGCACUCUCAGAGAUUGUGGACACGAGACUUCCCUAUGAUAAACUAAAUGACAUUCGUAAUCGCCUGGCUGAAGUGUCGCCCAAUCUUACACGCUAUGGGGACGUAGAAGAAGCGAACUACUUUGCACAGGCCACAGCUCUUGCCGAGAUGGUAAGUGGGAAGAAGGGAGCAGCACCUAUUGAUGUCCCUCAAAAGAAGCUUGAAGACUUCUACAUGACCAACUCCAUUACCCGAGCUUCUCCCACAAUGGCCAAGUGUAUUGCAGCAGUUAAGAAAGAAGCAGCCAAUAAAUACAUUGAAUAACGGUUCUGUUCGUGUAGAUUAUAGUGGGUGAGCUCUGCAAUAGGUUAUAUAUUGCUUGGAGGCUUGUAUAAAUAAGGUUUAUUUCAACUCAAGCAGAAUCAAUGAAAACACUUCCAGUAAACUACAGUAGUUGCCAGAUCAUAUAGAUUCAUAUUUAUGUUUUGCCUGAGACAGAACUAGCAGUUUAGAAACAAUAUGAUGUGUUUUGUUAUAAGUUAAAAUACCUUUCAAUUUUUCUGAAUUGCUAGCUGUGUCUCGGCUGCUGUCAUCCUUUUUGUAGAUGAUCUGAAAAUAUUAUCACUUAAAAUUGUUGUAGCUACAAGAAUUGCCAUUAGGAACCUUGUUAUCCCAGCACCACAUUGACCUGCAGCUUCUCUGGGAGAUAUUGUACAGAUGUCUAUAUUUUAUUUGUAUAGUUUAUCCUAAAAUAGGAAUUUAUAAAUA